AUGUGUAAAUUUGGGGAUGAAGAAUCUGAACCGAUAAAACUGACAACGGAACUCACUAACAGGGCUGUUGUGUCCCUGCAACCCAACUGGCCUGAGAUAUACUCUGGAGAGACGAUCACACUUACAUGUGAAAUUGAGGACGGAGGAGACACUGAGUGGGAGUAUGAAUGGAGAACAAGCAGCUCAACCACACCUCCAAAAACAAGAGAAUACACAUUUAAACCAUCACGCAGAGAAGACUUCUGGUGUAUGGGUGUAAUAAAAGGUGGAGAGUCUUCAACAAAGCUGAGUGAUCGUUUCACAUUGACACCAUCUUCCAAUAAACCUGAACCUGUCCUCACUGUGUCUCCAUCAUGGCUGAGUCCUGGAGACUUAGUGACUCUGAACUGCAGAGUUAAACAUCCAUCAGCAGGAUGGAGGUUCUCCUGGUAUAAGGCUGUUCCCAAACCAUCAGACAACUCCUACAGCUAUGAGCUGCUACCUGACAGCACCACUGGGACUGAACAGGAUUCUUACAUCGUUCAUGGACAAACACACACAGCAGGAUAUGUGUGCAGAGCUGGAAGAGGAGAUCCAGUUUAUCACACUGAUAACAGUAAACCUCAGUUUGUCUGGUCUGGAGAUUUUGGUUCCUCAGCGUCUCUCACAGUGAGUCCUGACAGAGUGCAACACUUCAUCUCUGACUCUGUGUCACUGAGCUGUGAGGGAAACUCUACUGAGUGGAGAGUGAAGAGGUUUACUGAUGGCUACCUGUUAGACUGCUCCAUCUGGGGGACAAUGACUGGAUCCACAUGCAAAGUGGAUAAAUACUUGUCAAGUGGAGUGUACUGGUGUGAAUCUGGAACAGGAGAGUUCAGCAAUGCCGUCAACAUCACCCUCACAUACGAGAAUAUCAUCCUGCUGAGUCCUGUCCGUCCUGUGACUGAAGGACGUUCUGUCACUCUCGGCUGCAAGCUGAAGACACAAAAUGAUAUUUAUAAUGUGGUUUUCUAUAAAAAUGGCAAAAUCAUCCAAAAUGACAACAGAGGAGAGCUGAUUAUCUCUGCAGUGUCAAAGUCUGAUGAAGGCUUUUAUAACUGUAAAGGAGAUAAUUCAUCACAAGGUUGGUGGAGUGUGACGUCACUAGAGGGCUGGAUGUCAGUAAAAUCAGCGUCCAGGCCUGAAAACAACCCUCCAUUUCCUGUGCUGUUGGUUGUUGGGCUGGUUGGUGGAGUUUUACUGAUUAUUCUCCUGCUGCUGUUUCUGUUGCUGUGUUGCUACAGGAAGUCAAAAGGUGAGAUCUUUUCACUCCUGCUUUAA